UCUUUCCUUUCACGCGCUCUGCCCGCAGACCAGAAGUUUUCAUUAACUUCUGGCAAGCUCGUGUUGAGAUGUUUAGUGUCUUCUGGAGACGGCGGUUAUUAGUGGGACCUUUUUCUUCCCUGCAUCACCUGAGGACAGUUGGACAGUGAGACGUAGGAGUAUUUUGGCUGAAUGGACAACAUGUCUCCUCAGCAGCAGCAGGACAGCCUCAGCCGAGGCGACGGGCAGCAGGAAUACAAACGGCGAAUGAAGUUUCAGAGUUACAGGCGUCAGUCUGCGCCGUCGUUGGUCAUCACCAAGGCUCUCACAAGGUCCAAGACUUUAUCCAGAGAGAACUUCCUGGUUCCUGUGUCUCCGGAGACCUGUUCGCUGGUCCAGUCCUUCCUGACGGGCUCCGACAGGUCGUUUCUUCUUCAUGGGCAUGCUCAGUUGAAGACGGGGAUGCAGACGCAGGACAGGCACCUCUUCCUGUUCAGUGACAUCCUGGUGAUCGCCAAAGCCAAGUCAGCAAACCACUUCAAGCCGAAGGCCCAGGUGUGUGUGUGUGAGAUGUGGACGGCAGGCUGCAUGGAUGAGGUGUGUGAAGGAAGCACGAAUCCCGAGCGGAGUUUUGUCAUGGGCUGGCCCACCUGGAACUGUGUCGCUAUGUUUAGUUCAGCAGAACAGAAAGAGAGAUGGCUCUCCCUCCUCAAGAGUCGAAUAAAAGAAGAAAAAGAGAAGGAAGAGCCUAAAACAAUCCCACUGAGAGUGUACGGGAAGGGAAUCAAUACUUUUGCUGUGACCAAGACGCUCCCAGUCAGCAACUCGGAUUCAGCCAAUGAGGUGAUCCGACUGGCCCUGCAGCAGUUUGGCAUCAUAGGAAAUGUCAAAGACUUCCAGCUGUGGGUCAUCUCCAAGAGGGACAACACGCCCUAUCCUCUCAUUGGUCAUGAGUUUCCCUUCAGCAUCCAGAUGAGUCAUGCGAGGAACUCACCGCUUCAGGGAGGCGGAGGCAGGGAUGCCGCUGCUACGCCCGCGGACAGACAGAAGGCCAUGCAGGUGGAGCAGCUGCAGGUGUACAAGCAGUGUCAGUUUAUCCUGAGGCCUCGGCCUGUUGAGCCGCCGCAGCAGCAUGUACCUGCAGAUUUCUCUCAGAAGCCGUUCAAACGAAGGCGAUCGCUCAUCACCUGGGCCUUCUGGCGAGGCUCAUCAUCUCACCUGAACGAGCUAUCGCUCGCCGGAGGUCCUCGAGGCUGCUUGUUCAGUCAGCCGCUCAGCUCCAUAUGUGUGGAGGACACUCUGCCUAAACCAGUCAUGGACAUGUUGCUGUUUCUGUACCAUGAGGGCUCAUGGACGCGGGGGAUCUUCCGGCGGCCGGCGGGGGCUCGGGCUGUCAGAGAGCUGAGAGAAUCUCUGGACACCGGAGAGUUUCAGCUUCCUCUCACACGAGACCACGUCUUCAUCAUAGCCGGAGUCUUUAAGGAUUUCUUGCGCAGCAUUCCUGGCAGCUUGUUGGGCUGCGAGCUGCAUGAAGAAUGGAUGGAUGUGCUGGAGGAGGAGGAGGAGGAAGAAGAACAGGCGCAAGACAUACGGAGGAUGAUUUGCCGACUGGCCAAAGAGAAUGCCCUGCUGCUGCGCUACCUGCUAGCCAUGCUGCAUGGUAUCCAGGGUAACGCUCAUGAGAACCAGAUGACAAGUUUUAAUUUAUCGGUGUGCAUCGCUCCGAGCUUGCUUUGGCCUCCAGGAGCGCCUUGUAGCCCCGAGGUGGAAGGAGAAGGAACUAAAAAGGUCUGUGAGCUGGUCAAGUUCAUGAUUGAACACUGUCAGCAGAUUCUUGGAGAGGAUCCGUCCUCCCUGUUCGGGGGGCCGCCACAGAGACUCAACAGUGAGGAGAUGGGCUCAGAGUCCUGGGUGUACCCUCUGACAGAUUCAUCCUAUGACAGUCUGGAGAAUGAGUUGGACAACAGCAGCGGGGGGUCCCCCAGUCUCUGCAACAGAAGAGCCCUCAGACCCAAACAGGGCAGUCUGGACUCCAUCUUGACAUUUAGCGACUAUGACCAAGACAUAGAUCCAGAUGUGCGCUCUACAGGGCUACCGAGGAGACGGGUGCUGGAGAUCUCCAGUCCCAGACAAGAAGAACCAGCAGUGGACAUGCUGUCCACCCUUGACUCCCUGUCCCUGGAAGGUCGGCACACAUUGCGGCGGCGCUCAGAGCCAGCGAUAGCGUAUGCUGCCAAGCUCUGCCCAUACAUUUCAGGCAGCACUGAUGGUCUUACUGGUGAGGAUGAAGAUGCUGAAGAGGAGUUUUCCAAAAGGCCGAGCAGCCACACACACCUUCACACACAUUCCCGAGGUCAGUCUGGGUUAACAGGGAUGAGGUCAGCAGCUCUGGAGGCCAGCUCCUCUAGCCUGUCGUCUAACCCCACCUCCCCUGCACCUACCCACUCCUCCCUGGACUCUCUGGAUUCGCUGCAAUCCAUCGGCGGCGAGCAAACUAAGACCACCCGGCGGGCGACCAAAACGCAUCUGCCCACCACUUCUGUCUCCUCUACACCCUUCGCCACCAGCUCUGCUCCUACCCCCGGCGAACAUCUGAACCGAGGGAUUUGUCCUAAAGACAACCCAUCCAAGGAGCAGCUGAACUGGGUGGCGUUAAAAGGCUGCAUGGGCCUCCAUCCCAACUCAUGGCUGAAGAAAGACCGGAGGCUGUCGCUGACUCAGCAAGAGAGCUUGGAGAAGGAGGAUGACGACAAAGCGGGGGGAGGAACCACCGAUAAGUCGCUUGCAGCAGCAAAGCCAACAUCCAGCAGCCAAACUAAACCAAGAACAUCCCGCAGAGGCUCGAAGGAUGCAGGAGAAAGAGGAAGGGGAAAGCAGGUGAAACAGGACCCCCCCAGCCCUGCUUCAUUCCAGUUUCCCAAAUCUACCUGGUUCACCGGGUCUGAGUCCCCGCUGACAGUCCAGAUCAGCGACAUCCACGCUGACGCUGGGAAGAGGCGUGCAGGAACCGAGCCCAAGCAGACGUCAGCGGCUUUGUUUUACAAGCACAGCGGGCCAUCUCUGUCCCUGUUCAGACGACACAAGACUCACACCGUGGAGGACAGUAACAGCCGGCUCUAUCAGCGCCGAGGCUCCGAACCGGGACAGCAGGUUGUGGAUCGAGCCGCCUCCUUCACCAGAGCGAGGCUGCCCAGCGACCCGGGACUGAAGGUGUCUGAGGUGGAUUCACAGAGAGGGGUGUCGGAGACCCGAUUCUGCCUCUCCCCCGGUGCCACCAAAGCAGUGAGGGACUACUUUUCCUCUCACCCGCGCAGCAAUCCCCAGAGCAGCCAGCAGGUGGCGCUCGCUCUGGUAGAGAGUCGCAGGGAGUGGCUGAAGCGAUGCAGUGACCCCGCGGCAGAGCCAGAUUUUGAGCAACUUCUGUUUGCAGAGGAAUCUUACGUCUGAUUGUCACGGUAACCCAGAGCAACACGUAGCACUUAAAUACAAAUCAGUAUGAGUCACAGGUCAUUUUUAUUAGUAAAUACAGCUCCAGAAAAAAAA